GGAGAUAUUACAAUGGAGAGAAAAUAUAUCACACACCAGAAGGCUUGCAAGGGAGAGAAGCCAUAUUUUUGCUCUGAGUGUGGCAAAACUUUUAUAAGCAAGAGAUGCCUUAUGAUACACCAAAGAUUUCACACCGGAGAGAAGCCAUAUCAGUGUUCUGAAUGUGAUAAAGCUUUUACAGAGAACAUCACAUCUUAUCAGACACCAGAUUAAUUCACACUGGAGAGAAGUCAUAUCAAUGUUCUGAAUGUGAUAAAGCUUUUACUCAGAAGUCAAAUCUUCUCGAACACCAGAGGAUUCACACUGGAGUAAAGCCAUAUCAGUGUCCUGAAUGUGAUAAAGCUUUUAUUAAGAAAUCAAAUUUUCUCAAACACCAGAGGAUUCACACUGGAGAGAAGCCUUAUCAGUGUUCUGAAUGUGAUAAAGCUUUUACAGGGAAGUCACAUCUUAUCACACACCAGAGGAUUCACACUAGAGAGAAGCCAUUUUAA